AUGAACCAAUUACAGUCUGAAAUCACCCAAUUAGAAUCUAAUCCUGCUAAAAACCAAGCCGAAUUAGAAUCUAAAAGAAAGAAAUUAAAAGAGUUAGAAGAAAAAGAAAAGCAAUUAUUUAAAUCUUUACCAAUAACUACGCAAAUCUCUAACUUAAAAAGAGAAAUCAAAGAUUUAGAAAAUAAGUCCACUCGAACUAAGGCUGAAGAAGCUCUUUUAACUAAAAAAAAGAAACAGUUAGCCGAGUUAUUAAAAAAACAACAAGAUGCUAAUACUAAUAAUAGUGCUAAAUCUAGUUCAUCUUUCUAUGAUUCACUACUAAACUUUCCUUUUGUUAGUGAUAAAGAUAUAAAUAAUGGAAAGGUGCUAAGUCUUUGUUGUGAUAAUUCUCGGUGCUUCCUCGAAUCAUCGAAAAUUUGUUUUUAUCCUAGUCUUAGUUUUUAUUGCAAUAAAAUUGCUCAAAUGAUAUUUUGCGGCGGUGUAGAAGAGCCAUGCGGAGGAAUUAUUAAUGAUACACUAAUUACUGAUUUCAAUUCAAUUGGUUCUUGCAAAAUUGAUUCUAAUAAUAUGGAAAUUUCCUUGACAAAAGCCGCUACUGUUUGUACACUUAUCAAUAAUGACUACAGAAUUUGCGACAAAGCUCCUUUUCCUACUUUCAAUGGUUCUUAUGCCACUAUUGAUUCAACACCUUCCAAUAGUUCUUACACCUAUUAUGGUUUAGCACCUGUUAAUUAUUUCCUUAUGGGGGUAUCAGUAGUAGGCAUAGUAAUCAUUUCUUCGACUGGGGGAAUAAUUUGGGGCAUUAUUUACAAAAGAAAAAUAAAAAAAAAAGAUCUCAAGUUAUUAAAAGAAUUAAUAGAAUUAGCAACAGUGGAUGAAGUUCUGGGGGAUGAAAUUCUGGGGAAGGAAGAGAUAAAUGAAGGGAAACUUCCUUUAUUUUCUUCAGGUCUUUUUAAAACCUGGUUUAGUGACAAUUGUGCAAUAAUUAUUAGUAAAAAAAGUACAUUGAAAGGCUAUUGCUUGUGGAUUGCUGUCUGCGAAUCAACCUUUGAAAAAAAUAAGACUGAUGUUAAACUAAUAAAGGCUAUAGUGCGAGAUCUAAAAAGUACAUUAGAAAAUAGUGACUACCCAGCUGCGGAAAUACAUAAUAAUGUUUAUGCACCUAAUUUACCAGUUCUUUCGCAAGAUUAUAAAAACAUAGUAAAAAAAACAACAACUUUAACUCCUACCGAUGAUCCUAAUAAUUGA